AUGCUUUAUGAAAUGUUUUUCCUUUCUUCUGUUUGCAGACCAGUCGUAGCACCUCGCAAGUCUUUCCCGCUAUGGCUAGUCGUGCUCGGUGUGCUUGGAGUGCUGGCAGUCCUUGGGUUAAUCAUUGGACUCUUAGUUCACUUUCUGGCAGUAGAAGUCAAGAUCUACUACUAUCAAGGUAGUUUUAAAGUGCUGAAUAUUCCAUAUGACAGGAAUUAUGAAAGGGAGACAUCACUAGAAAAUAACUACCUCAGUAAAAUCCUCGAGAUUAAAAUGGUUGAUGCCUUUCAGAAUUCUAACAUUUACAAACAAUAUAUCAACUCUCAGAUCAUCACAUUGGUUCCUGAAAACAACACUGUGACAGCACAUAUAUGGCUGGUGUUUAAGGACUCCUGGUCAAACAAGAAAAACCUAAGAAGGAGAAUUGAAAGCAUCUUACAUCAGAUACUGGAGAACAAUUCAGGGCCCCUGACUACAGAUCCUGGGUCUCUGAAGCUCAUGGAAAUCAGUAAGGUUGAUGCUGAGAAGAUUAUCAACAACCGCUGCGGGAGACGACCAAGAAUGUCUGCAACCUAUGACAGGAUCACGGGAGGUUCCACUGCUCACCAGGGAGAGUGGCCCUGGCAGGCGAGUCUCAGGGUGAAUGGCAGACACUACUGUGGGGCGUCCCUAAUUGGUGAAAGGUUUCUGCUGACAGCAGCUCAUUGCUUCCAAAGGACAAAUGAUCCAAAAAACUUAACCGUUAGCUUUGGCACUCGAGUAACUCCAGCCUACAUGCAGCAUUAUGUUGAAGAAAUCAUUAUCCACGAGGAUUAUGUUAAGGGGGAACAUCACGAUGACGUGGCAGUUGUAAAGCUCACUGAAAAGGUUUCGUUCAGGAAUGAUGUACAUCGGGUUUGUCUUCCGGAAGCCACACAGAUUUUUCCACCAGGUGAAGGAGUCGUCGUUACGGGCUGGGGAUCACUUUCGUACAACGGCAAAUCCCCACUGUUACUUCAGAAAGCAUCCAUUAAAAUUAUUGACACAAAUACUUGCAAUUCUGAAGAAACUUAUGGAGGCAGAAUAAAGGACACAAUGCUGUGCGCUGGCUACUUGGAAGGCAAUAUUGAUGCUUGCCAGGGUGACUCUGGAGGACCACUAGUUCAUCCCAAUUCUCGAGAUAUUUGGUACCUUGUUGGGAUAGUGAGCUGGGGACAUGAAUGUGGCAGAGUCAACAAGCCAGGAGUCUAUAUGAAAGUAACUUCCUACCGUGGCUGGAUUGCCUCCAAGACGGGUAUCUAG